GUUCAGAUAGUGAGGGAGACACCAAUACUGUUAAUCUAACCAACCAGGCCGAAAAAAUCCAAUUGAAAGUUAGUAAGAAUGAAGAAAGCCAAGAUAAAUUUAGCGAUUUUUCUGAGAUGCUGGAUGUUG